AUGGCAACUGAAUUGACGGUACAGUCGGAGCGCGCAUAUCAGAAGCAGCCACAUAUUUUCGUCAAUCAAAAGACCAAGCGCACGAAGAGCACGAAAGUCGGGAAGGGAGGCCGAAGAUGGUACAAAGACGUUGGAUUGGGUUUCAGGACACCAAAAACCGCUAUUGAAGGCACUUAUAUUGACAAAAAAUGCCCAUUCACUGGACAAGUCUCUAUCCGUGGGCGUAUCCUUACUGGCACUGUCGUCUCCACGAAAAUGCACCGUACCCUCAUUAUCCGUCGCGAAUACCUUCACUUUGUCCCAAAAUAUGCAAGAUACGAGAAGAGGCACAAGAAUCUAGCAGCUCACGUUUCACCGGCUUUCCGCGUGGAGGAGGGAGAUCAAGUUACGGUUGGACAGUGUAGGCCACUAAGCAAAACGGUUCGAUUUAAUGUGUUACGAGUGCUUCCCAGGACAGGGAAAGCUGUGAAAGGCUUUCAAAAAUUCUGA